CUUAAGAAAAUGCUGAAUCUGCAAAUCUCGCAAUUUUUAUCGAAUCUGCGGGUAUAAAUAGUGGAACAUCUUUCUGAUCUGUACACUCCGACCAGUAUCCAGUGGUAAAGAUGUGGUCGCAAGUUGUCCUCUGUAUGUUAGUGGGCCUUGCCUACGCAACAAAUACCCCUUCAUGGACCGAUAACCAGGAAUAUGUUUACCAAGUCCGCGGACGGACUUUAACAGGACUUAUGGACGUUUCUGAUGAGUACUCCGGUAUUUUUUUGAAAAGUAAGUUGAGGAUUCAAACAAGAGGUGAUGGAAAAUUGCAAGGUUCGAUCGAAAAUCCACAAUACACUCAGAUCCAUACAACUUUAGAUGAUGGAUGGGAUGCUGAGGUUCCCGAAGAAGAGCUUAGUUGGAAACCUCUCCCAAUGAGUUCUAAACCUUUCCAAAUUCAAAUGGAAAAUGGUAAGAUUGAAAAACUUAUUCUUAACAGAGACUUAAACAACUGGGAAGCCAAUAUGAUCAAGAGUAUUGUAAGUUUGUUCCAACUUAACACCAACGGAGAAAAUACUCUUCCUAGCCCACUCAACAGCUUACCGGAACAUGGCUCAAACUCUGGUGUUUUCUUAACUAUGGAAGAUACCAUUUUAGGAGAAACUGAGACUUUAUAUAAGAUUAGACCUGUUCCCGAGCACACAUUACUUUCUAAUGAAAAAGAAGCCCGAUUUGUUGAAUUGAAACAAAAGAGACAACAAAACGGAGACCUCAUUGAAGUUAUUAAGCAUGAAGAUUUUACAAACAACCGUGAACUUCCCGCCUACGUCUAUGGAUUUGGUGACUAUUUACUUCCUAACAAAGCUGCAACCAACCAAAUGGGAACUUACUUUAGCAGAGAUUCUAGCAGCCGCGCUAUUCUUGCUGGUAACUUGAAUCAUCACGACGUAUUGUUUACUAGUACAAAAAACACUAUUCUGAUUAGCCCAUCAGUCAAUGACGAACAAAAAGGCGCCGUUUACAGUUACUUAGAAGCUACAAUGGAGGAUGUAAAAUCUGGCACACAAAAAAUUGGAGAAGUUAAUCAAGCUGUACACUUGGAAAAUCUCGUAUAUUCAUAUAACCAACCCUUUUCAAAGGAUAACCACGUUGAAGGAGAUGAAAACCAAAACCAAAGAAACCAAAGAACCAGCGAUGCUUAUAGAUACAGCUCUGGAGAAGAAGAAUAUGAAGAUCGUGAUUCCUAUAAAAGAUUAUCUCAUCGUCGCUACCAACGCUCUCUUGCUAAGAAAUAUGGACCUAAAAAUGACAACUCUGAAGAAAACCUACAAAAUCAACCCAGAAUUAACGAAGCCCCUGAAAGUCCUUUAUUAACGUUAACUACUGGAUACAAAGGAAUGUCAAUUAAAAAUUCAGUUAACGUAGUCAAGGAAGCAGAAAAGCUUAUUAAAAAAAUUGCCAGCGAUCUCCAAGACCAAGAAAAAGAUCACCAUGAAAAAACAUUGGAACGUUUUGUCAAUCUUGAAACUCUAAUGCGCCUCAUGAAUUUCGAUGAACUCAAACAAGUAUCCGACAAAGUUAUGAGGCAAUCUCGCAACGCUCAAGAAGCAGCUACCUCAGCUGUUACUAGAGACGUUAUUGCUCAAACUGGAACUGGUCCAGCUCUAUUGGUUAUCCAAGAAUGGAUCCAAGAAGGUAAAAUUGAAGGUGAGGAAGCCAGUCAAGUUGUUAUCGUUGCUUUUAGCUCAGUUCGUCUACCAACUAUGGAACACUUGAGAACAGCCUUCAAACUAGUUAAACACCAAAAAGUUGAAGAUCAAUUCCCUCUUAACAACACCGCUUUAACUGGAUUUACCGAUCUGCUCAGAAAAGCUGUUAUACAGAAAAACGUUGCCAAAUCUGAAUACCCUGUAAAUAGUUUUGGUCGUUUCCGUACUGAAGAAUCAAAACAAUUUGUAAGAGAAGAAGUUAUGCCAUAUCUUAAAGAAAAACUUCAAAAGGCUGUACAAAGAGCAGAAACCCACAGAAUCCAUGCAUAUAUCCGUGCUGUUGGAAAUCUACCAGAUCCAAGAAUUCUAGAGAUCUUUGAACCAUUCUUGGAAGGAAAACAACAAUCCUCUCAAUUCCAACGCUUGCUAAUGGUUUUAGCUAUGGGAAAGCUAACUGAAACUCAUCCAGAAGAUGCCCUUGCUGUAUUCUUCAGGAUAUACCAAAAUCCUGCUGAACAUCAAGCCGUAAGAAUUGCUGCUGUAUUCCACAUAAUGCGUAGCCGACCAACACCACAAAUUCUUCAAGUUAUGGCAUCCAAUACUAACAAUGAAGAUAACGACUACGUCAACGCUGUUGUCAAGCAGUCCAUUGAAGAACUCACUGAAUUGGAAGCACCUGAGUUUGCAUAUAUUCGCUCUAUAGCCAAAGGAGCACAACCUCUUCUUACGGAUAAAGAAUUCCCUGCACAAUUUGGUGGUAAUUACAUUCGCGAUUACGUUAUUGAGGAAUUAAACACUUUAUACAAAACAUCAACGCAAAUCAUUCCUAGUAAAGACGAAUAUGUUCCUAAAGGAUUCAGAUACACCAUGAGAGCCAACUUCAACGGAUUAUACCAAAAGCUAAUCAACAUGCAAGCCAUUGUUUCUAGCGUUGACGACUUAAUGGCAGUUGCCUACCAAAAAACACAGAGUUUUGCCGAACAACAACAACAACAGCAACAACGUGCUCAAGAACAACUUAAUAAUCCUUGGUCAAGUCAAAAUAUUGCAAAAUUGUUGAACCUUAAAGCUGAAGAACGUGAGCAACUCGAAGCUUACUGGUAUUUGGAACUACGUGGUACUCCCGUUGGUAUGUAUGGUUUUGAUAACACAACCAUGAACCAGUUGCCUAAACUUCUUAGCACAAUGGAAUCCGCAAUGAGCAAAGGCAAACAAAUCAACCUGUUCAAACUUAUCAAUGACCAGGAAAUGGCCAUAGCUGUCCCUACCGCAAUGGGUAUUCCUUUCUUAUAUACUUACGAUUCUCCAAUGCUCGUUAAGGUUCAAGGACAAGUUGGAGGGCAAGUUAAACCACAACUAGUCCAAAACCAAAAAAUUCAGACCCCAGAAAAUAUUCAACUUCAAGCUACAAUCAGAGCCACCGUAUCUGGAAAAACACAAGGGCGCGUGACUGUCAUUGUUCCAUUCGAACGUGAGCAAUACAUCUCUGGUUAUGACAAACACUGGGAAGCAAACACCCCCAAGCUCAGCAUUCAAUUAAAUGUCAACUUGGAAAAGCAAGAAGUUAAAGCUGAGGUUGAACUCAAACCCGAAGGCAAAGAAGGCAAAGUUAAAUUCUUGCAUUUCCGUUCUUGGCCAUACACUGCUAAAUCUGAUGUGACUGACUUAGAACCUCUUUCCGCUCAAAAGAGCACUAGAGAAAUUGUGCCUGAUAACAUGCACGCUUUCAAAACUACUGUAGGACAAAAAUCAGUUGGACUUGCACUAGAAGUAGAAGUUAAACAUGAAAGAAAAUUCAUUCAUUCUGAACUAAUUAAUCGUUUGUUUUCACAAAAUGGAGUUAUUGAUGGAGCGAAGGCAUUAUGGGAUGUAAAUAUUCUCCAAAGCAGUGAAAUUAACGUUAACUUGGAUGCUGAGCAAUCAUCAGUACGCAAAAUCAUUCUUCGGUCUCGUUACGAUCAAGAUUACCAACAAAAAGGUGAGUCGCCUAAAUCUGAAUACAGAUUAAACGAAAAAAUGAGUCAAUCGCAGAGACAACAAGAAAUUAUGGAUGCAGUUGCAUCUGGAAUUAAUAGUGUAUCAGUUAAUUCUUUGGACACAAUCAUUGAACUUAAAGGUGAAAAAACCAUUCAGUACCUCUUGACUGGAGCAGUAGCAAAGAGUAAUGUUGAUCCUAAAUCUAAUGUAAGGAUAUGUUUCAAGAGAUCUUCACAAGACAAAGAAUUGAAGGACUACGAAGCUCAUUUCGUAUCCGAAAGUAUGAUUCCCAACACAAAUGCCCUUGAUCUCCAAUACUCACUGUCCAAAAAUGAACCUAAAAUUGACACCAAGAUGCAACUUGUUUUUGGACCUUCUAAAGAAAGCAAAAAAUCUAAAAUCGUGGCUGAAAUUAAACAUAGAAGAAGUGAAGAGCGCAAACAAUAUUUGAAGGAACUUCCACUAUACGAACAAUGCAAACAGGAAAUGAAAGAGUCCAACAAACAACUCUUCUCAUGCACCAACCUCACCAUGGAUUCAAACUUACUCGAUCGUAUUGAAGUUAAACUCCAAUCUCAAAACCUAAAACCUGAAUUGUUAGAAGCCAUCGAAAUGACAUAUGAGGCUGCUCGUUUUGAAUUACUCCCAAGCCUACAAAUUAAAAACAAACAACAAUCUGUACAGCCCAACAGUGCUGAAAUGGACAUCAAAUUCCACCCAGAUCUCUCCUUUGUUAAUGUUACAGUCAGGACCCAAAACCAAAAGGUAUCCGCUAAAAACAUAGAAGUUAAUGAUAACGUCAGAAUCAUAGCAGUUGCCCAUCCAGUUUUCAACCUUCGCGACAGAGUACUCUCAAAACUCUUAGGAGGCGAUACUUUCAGAGAUUUCUGUACUGUUGACCGAUCUGCAGUAAACACCUUCAGCAACAGAACCUACGAUGCUGAACUGUCUAACAAAUGGACUGUAAUGGCUCAAUACAUUCCUAAACUACCUCGUCAAAGUGGCCAACAACAACCACAAGAAUCUGCUCAUAAACAAUUACAAAACCAACUUGAAAACUAUGUAGUCCUUGUACGCCAAAGCAAGCAAUCCGGUAAGAAAGAGCUACAAAUCGUUCUCAGUAGCCCUCGCAGCGAUUUUGAAACCAUCAGUAUUCUAUUGGAACCAAACCAAGGACAACAAUCUAAAGCACGAGUUAGCGUCAACGGACAAAAGAUCCAAGUAAACGACAAGCAAAGUAAUGACAUUAAAGACGGAUACAUUCAAAUUUAUGAACUCCCUAACGGAGAAGUUAAGGCUGAAAUUGAUGGAGUUUUCUACGUCAUCUAUGAUGGAGAACGUGUAAGAAUGACAGCUGUAAAUGGAAAAAUGAAGAACGCUAUUCGUGGUAUUUGUGGACAGUUUAACGAUCAAGACUCUGAAGAUUUCUUAACAUCAGAAACCUGCAUUGCCCGCAAACCACACAAGUUUGUCAAGAGCUUCGAAGUUGAAGGUGAUGAAGGAAAGCAAGUCAGAAAAGAAUUUGCAGGAAGCAGCAGCCAGUGCGUUGAAAUGCAAGUUCCUUUGUACAUUAACGUUAUUACUGACGAAAACGCUAGACGCAAUUCCCAAGACAGAUCUAGCAAGAAUUCCCAAUAUUACUCCGGCAAGUCUUCUUAUAGAGGAAGUUCUAGAGUAAGUUCUAGAGGAAGUUCUAGAGACUCCUCUGAAAAAGGAAGCGAAGAAGAUAACGAUUGUUUGUUCCAUCAAACCAGGUACGUCUUCCAAGGAGGAAAAAUUUGCUUCAGUACCAAACCUCUGCCUUCAUGCAGAAGCCAUUGCCAACCUCGUGAUCAAAGAAAGAAGUCUGUAGGUGUACACUGUAUCCAAAAGAGCGACGUAGCCAUGUUGUGGAAGAAGCAAGUCGACAAAGGAAAUUCUCCUGACUUCAGUCAGAAGAAGGAACACACAACUUUGAAAUUCGAAGUACCUGAAAGUUGUUCCGCUUAAAUUAAUUGACUAGUGCGAACUGUAUUUUUGAAUAGUUUGUAAGAGCAUCCAAAAAAUGUAAAAAAAAUUACAAUGAAUAAAUAUAUUGAUUUUAUUAUA